GUUAAAUCUGGUUCAACACUGCUGACUCACUCAGUCUAAGAGACUCUUAUCGUCUGUGUCAGCUUCAGGUGGCUUCAGGGGCCCUUCUUCUCUGGGACUGCAUGACGAUGGGAGCAUGACUGCCACCAGGAAAGGCUCAGCGUCUUAAAUGAAUGGACCAUGCACGAGCAACACGGACCAUCUGUUCAGUUCCGCGCUUCUGCCCCGAUGCUUUGACGACAAUGAUGACCAUGCAGGAUAAGCUUAAGCGUUGUGAAGACAUGCGGCUAACUUUCAGUGUUGGAACCUUCGCGCUUGGCGGAUGGAUCUUCACGCAGAAGGAGGUUUGUUCAAAAGGAAGCAGCCUGGAGUCAGGGAGGGUUUUAUGACAGUGUGUGCCAGGGUUUUUAAAGCUGGAAGGCUCAGAAGAUCCGCAAUUGUCCAGGCGUGAUCCAGCUCCAAGGUCCAUCAUCAAGCCUCUGAUGCUUCUGAGGUCUCCGGUGCAGUACAAGUGAUUGGAUCUGCUUGCAGAGGCUGCAAAGGACGGCAUGGCUCACCAUGAGCGAAUCUACCAGCGGGGAACACGGGAUCCGUUGGCCGAGAGAGCAAGAUUGGAAGGCGAGGCUGCGGCAGAAUGGACGGUCAGCAUCUUCAGGAUGAUAAGAGAUCUGCUCACGUCCUCUGCAAGGAUCUUCGGCAUCCUCUUCGGUGCGGAGGACGCCCGAGAACCCCAGCAAGCCCGCGCCCCGCCGCCCCCCCCGGAACAGCUCGCCGUCGCCGCGGGCAAGGCGGCCGCGGAGGAGACCGUCGCUCUGGUGCGCAAGGCGGGCCGCCUCAUCCGCUUCGUCCUCCCCAGCGGCACCGCCCCCCGCGGCUUCGCCCUGCCGAACGUGUACCAGGGCGCGGCGCUCGACCUCGCGCGCCUGGCGGAGAAGGCGCUCGCGCUGUCGCGCGACACGGUCGACGAGCUGGACACGUGGGCGGGCCACGUGUCGGUGGAGCUGAUUGACGAGCUGCAGGGCCUGCGCAACGAGGAGGCGCGCGAGCGGGCCGCGGAGGCGAUCGAGAUGCUGGGCGACUGGGCCUUCGAGGCGCUCAUCGUGGCGCUCAACCGGGUUGUGGACGACCUGGCUCGCCGCAACCUCCUCCGGACGUACUCCGUCGCCGACCGCGCGGCCGCCCCCGCCGCUACCGAGAGAGAGGACGACGCCGUCAGCCCCUCCGAGGCGUGCGUCAUCUGCUACCAGAGAGCGCGCCGCGCGGUCUUCCUCUACUGCGGCCACCGCGCAGCUUGCAUGACGUGCGCAACGGCGGUGGCGGCAGGACCGCGCAGAGCCUGCCCGCUGUGCCGGCAAAUGAUUCACGGCGUCGUCCGGGUGUUCGAUCCUUGACAAGGCCAGCUGUCGGUGCCUGAUGCUUCGUCGAUGAAAUGAACCCCGCAGUUCUUCAUUCAAGGUGGUUUGGUCGCGACAAGAGCUGAGAGAUGAUGGAGAACUUCCUGUGAAGGCUAUGCGGAUGAAACUGCUGAAAGUCCUGAACUUGACGACGUUUAUUUUCGGAGAAGAGCGCAGAUCUUCAACUAUGUUAGACCAUUGGUGAAGUGCGAGAAUGUGUUACGGACGUGCUUCGCGUUUUAGAAUGACAAGGAGACUUACGGUACUUUUGCGUCAAACUUUGCUACAAUUGACUUUGUUUCGAGUGCAGUCUUACUCAGUGAGUGAGGUGUUAGGCGUCGGUAGGCAAGAGUAUUAGAACUUUGCAGGUUCUUAGGUGCAAAUCAAAGACUUUUUUCACUCACAAUAUAGAUCGCAAUACUAUCUCCGCAG